AUGGGUAGCUUAGGAGCUUCAAACACGAAGCUCCCAAAGUUGGAUUUUGGUAGAGCAUCAAUUGGUAAUCUACAGCAACGAAGUGGUGUAAGAGUAUGGAUGGGUAGGGGACGACUGCAACAUGCUGGUGUGGCUGUAUCACAUAAAUCAAGAAAAUCACUCAGGUGUCGUGGUUUGGCUUCAGAAAGCGAGUUGACUACUAAAGAGACCAAAUCAUUGGGUUUGACAAGCAAACAUAUUCCAAAUUCAUCUGAGAUUGAAUCUUUGGUCACUGAAAUAUGCAAUACAACUUCAAUAGCAGAGUGUGAAUUGAAACUCGGUGGGUUUCGGCUAUAUGUGAGGAGGGAUUUAACUGAAAAAAAUAAACCCACACCUCAACUCCUGCCUGCUUCUCCUCCUCCUGCUUCUCUUGCUGUCACCCUGAAAACAACUACUGAUGCAUCUGAUCUCAACGGGGGGAUUGCAUCAUUUCUUGAUGGAGCUGCUGAUGAAGGUUUAACUAUACUGCAGUCUCCAAGGGUGGGUUUUUUCCGGAGAUCUCGAACUAUAAAGGGAAAGCGUGCACCCCCAUCAUGUAAAGAGAAGCAAAUAGUAAAGGAGGGUCAAGUGCUGUGCUACAUUGAACAGCUUGGUGGUGAACUCCCAAUUGAGUCUGACAUAUCAGGGGAAGUCAUCAAAAUACUGCGAGAGGAUGGUGAACCUGUUGGAUAUGGUGAUGCAUUGAUUGCAAUUCUCCCAUCAUUUCCUGGGAUAAAGAAGCUUCAGUAG